AUGGCCUUUUCGUUCUUUAAAAAAUAUGAUAAAAAUCAAGAAAAACUAUUUAAAUUCAAAAUUGGAAAUGGAAGUGUGUUUCCUAAGGGGUUUCAACCAAACAAAGAACUUCAAUAUGUGCGAGAGGAGUUGGCAAAAGAUAAAAAAAUUUAUCCAGAUAAAGAUUAUCCCGAAGCGAAUAAUCUUCAAUUUUUUGAUAAAGCUGGAACAUCAAUAACCUAUGAAUGUGAAAAAUAUUAUAAUUUAGAAACAAUUUGUGAUAAAGAAUCCAUAAUACAUGUAGAAUUUUUGUUAAGAAGCAUUAAUGUUAAUGUUGAUGGUUUGGAGGAACAUACAGUAUAUUUAAACCCAAAAAGUAAGCUUACAGAAAUUCGCGAAAAAAUUAAAGAAAAAACUGAAGACAAAAUCAAAGGUGAAUUCUUAUUUCGGAAGCAAAAUGGAGGUAUAAUUAAAACCACCGAAGAAAAUUCGAAUAAUUUAAAAAAAUUUCUCAAAAAUGAUACAUUAUAUAUUUCUAUUUUACAAGAAACUGAAAUGAUUAUUAUCAUUUAUUCUGACAAGACGCAUCAUCAUAGCUUUAAACGUUCUUUAGAUAAAAGAAUGAGCCUUUUUCAAAUUCGAUCUAUUCUUGCAAACAACAAAUUUACUGAUCCUGAACGUAUGAAAUCAAACCAUCGAUUUUCUGACCAAGAAAAUACGUUUAUCUCAGAAGUAGACGAAGAUAAAAAAAAGCUUUAUGAAGUUUUACGUAUUAAUGGACAUGGUUUAAACGUAUUAAAUAUUCUUAAAAGAGAUGAUGACCCUGACUGGGCAAAGCUAGUUAAUAAAUGCGGAUAUGGUUUUGUUAUAGAUAAAGAUUCAAUGUUUGUAAAACAAAUUCAAUCUCCCAGACAUCGUGCAUUUACUAUUAAAACAACAACACAACCAUAUGAAGUUACCGAUUACAAAGAUUCCGAAUUUGAAUGCGAGAGUGAAUUUCAAGAAUUACGUAAAAAAAAUUUUAUCACAUUUGGAAAGGUUGGUUUCGUAUUGCCAUUUAUUUCGAUUUCCUUUGGACUUAAUCAAAUAUUAUCACGUGAAAAGCCGAACUCUUAUGAAACAAAUACAAAAUAUUCAUAUAUUCAAGUAAAACGUGCAAAAAUUGAUAUAGAUAAAAAUGAUAUUGAUAUAACUGAUGAGUUCAAAAAUGACAUUAGAGAAGCAUUAGAAAAAGGUACUCGCAAUAAAAAAGUAGCAAAACUUAAAGAAAUUGCUGAUAAAUAUGGACAUUUCUAUGCACGAUCUAUGUCCUUCGGAGGAGUUGCUAUUCAGAAAAUCGAAAGUUUUAAGCAUUCAGGAUGUCAAGCAUUAUCAGGCAAAGCAAGCUUAGGUACAAAAUCAAAUACAGAAAAUUGUUUCAACUCAUCAAAAAGCAAAUCUAGUUCCACUUGUGAAAUAAAAGGUGGCAACAAAGAUGAAUACCAACAUAAUCGCAUCAAUUGGAUUAAUUCGCUCAAUGAUUCAAAUACUUGGGAUAUUAUUGAACAUAAUAAUGUUUAUUCGAUUUUUGAUCUAUUAAAGGGUGAUUUACGAAAAAACGUUAUAAAAGUUUUGGGAAAAAGGAUUUUAAAAGAUGGAAUUGAUGAAAUUAUGUACUCCACAAGUGGAAAUGAUCCAUAUUGUCAUGACAUCGGAUGGGAGUUGGAUGAUAUUUCUAAUAUUGAAGAUUGUGAAAUAUUUUCUACGGUAAUGAAAGAACACAAUCGACAUAUAUUUUCUUCAUGUGUGACCUAUGAUGCCCCUGACGCGCCAGUAAUCGUUAUCCAACGUGUUCCAAGUGAAAAAAAGCCGCGAAAAAAAUUCAGAAAGCUUAAAGUUGGUACUAUUUAUGUUAGAAAUGACUUAAAUAAUAUGUUUCAGAAAGAAGUUGAAUGGAACCCCAUGAACCAAAAAGAUAAAAUUUUCUCUUCUUCAAAAUUAGAUGCAAUUGACUCCGAUGAAAAUAAGCUUAUAUUUGUAAAUCAACUUUUUGAAAAUCCUAAUAAUAACCAUAGAAUUAUAAAUGUUGCAUUUGAAUCUCUUGGUUGUAACUCUCUUCUAUGCGGUUCAUUAGAUAAGGAAUCUUUUACUAAAAUGAUUUAG